GCCAUAGGUUGGUCAUCCUGAGAGGAGCGCCCUCUGUCGUGGACUUCAAGCUAAAUUCCGAACCAAUGAGCAACGCCCCUCUGAUUACCACUAACCAAUGAUAACCCCGAGUUGGUGACGUCACUCCAAAGGCUCGCUGUAAUUGGCCAGUGCUAGGAGUGUUCUGGAAACUUCCCACUCUGAGGUUAUAAAACAAGGAGCGUGCCGGCCGGCCCUCAUACCAGCUCAAACACCGAGUGAAAGAGCACGUCACCCUUCAGUCGCGACUACACUACUACGCGAUUUAUUUAUUAUACCAUACAACUAAUACUAAAUAAACAUGUCUAAGGGAGCAGCUGUCGGCAUUGACUUGGGGACAACCUACUCCUGCGUGGGUGUCUUCCAGCAUGGCAAGGUGGAGAUCAUCGCCAACGAUCAGGGCAACAGAACUACGCCCUCCUACGUGGCCUUCACUGACACAGAGCGUCUCAUCGGAGAUGCUGCUAAGAACCAGGUGGCCAUGAAUCCAAACAACACUGUUUUUGAUGCCAAGAGGCUGAUUGGCAGGAAGUUCAACGAUCAUCAUAUUCAGUCUGACAUGAAGCACUGGCCCUUCGAGGUCAUUGAUGACAGCACGAAACCAAAGAUCAGGGUAGAGUACAAGGGAGAAAAGAAGUCAUUCUACCCUGAGGAAAUCUCCUCUAUGGUGCUUAUGAAGAUGAAGGAAACAGCAGAAGCAUACCUUGGUGCUGCUGUGAAGGAUGCUGUCAUCACUGUCCCAGCCUACUUCAAUGACUCCCAGCGUCAGGCCACCAAAGAUGCAGGCACAAUCUCCGGUGUCAAUGUGCUGCGUAUCAUUAACGAACCCACCGCUGCAGCCAUCGCCUACGGUUUGGACAAGAAAGUGGGCGGUGAGCGCAACGUGCUCAUCUUCGAUCUUGGCGGUGGGACCUUUGAUGUAUCCAUCCUGACCAUCGAGGAUGGCAUCUUUGAGGUGAAGUCAACUGCAGGAGACACCCAUUUGGGUGGAGAAGACUUUGACAACAGAAUGGUAAACCACUUCCUUCAGGAAUUCAAGCGAAAGUACAAGAAGGAUCCAUCUGAGAGCAAGCGAGCCCUGAGGCGCCUGCGUACUGCCUGUGAGCGUGCGAAGCGUACCCUCUCCUCCUCCACCCAGGCCAGUGUGGAAAUUGAUUCACUCUUCGAGGGCAUUGACUUCUACACCUCCGUCACCCGUGCCCGCUUCGAGGAACUGUGUGCUGACCUGUUCCGUGGCACACUGGAGCCUGUGGAGAAGGCCCUGCGUGAUGCCAAACUGGACAAGGCUCAGAUUCAUGACAUUGUGCUUGUGGGAGGCUCCACCCGUAUCCCUAAGAUCCAGAAACUCCUGCAGGACUUCUUCAAUGGCAAGGAGCUAAACAAGUCCAUCAACCCUGAUGAAGCUGUGGCCUAUGGUGCAGCUGUGCAGGCUGCCAUCUUGUGCGGUGAUAAAUCUGAGGCUGUCCAGGAUCUGCUGCUGUUGGAUGUGACUCCUCUCUCACUGGGUAUUGAAACUGCUGGUGGUGUGAUGACUGCCCUCAUCAAACGUAACACCACCAUCCCCACCAAACAAACCCAGACCUUCACCACGUACUCUGAUAACCAGCCUGGUGUGCUCAUCCAGGUGUAUGAGGGAGAGCGAGCCAUGACUAAGGAUAACAACCUCCUUGGGAAGUUUGAGUUGACUGGCAUUCCCCCAGCACCCCGAGGAGUUCCUCAGAUUGAGGUGACCUUUGACAUUGAUGCCAAUGGUAUCCUCAAUGUGUCUGCUGUGGAUAAGUCCACUGGAAAGGAGAACAAGAUCACCAUCACUAAUGACAAGGGUCGCCUGAGCAAGGAGGAAAUUGAACGCAUGGUGCAAGAUGCAGAGAAGUACAAGGCAGAGGAUGACAAGCAGAGAGACCGCAUUGGUGCCAAGAAUGCCCUGGAGUCUUACUGUUUCAACAUGAAGUCCACUGUGGAAGAAGAGAAGUUUAAGGACAAGGUGAGCGAAGAGGACCGUAACAAGAUCCUGGAGGCUUGCAAUGAGGCCAUCAAGUGGCUUGAUGCCAACCAGCUGGGAGAGAAGGACGAGUAUGAACACAAGCAGAAGGAACUGGAGCAGAUCUGUAACCCCAUCAUCACCAAGAUGUACCAAGCUGCCGGUGGUGCUCCUCCAGGUGGCAUGCCUGGUGGCUUCCCUGGUGCUGGUGGUGCUCCAGGUGGUGCCCCUGGUGGUGGCUCCUCUGGCCCUACCAUCGAGGAGGUCGAUUAAAGUGCCAGUCUUGUCUCAAGGCACACGACAUUCCAUAUCAGUUCUUAAUCUCAUGCUCUAUUUAUUUGUUUUCUGACUCUAUUCUCAUUCCUUAACUCAAGUUCAAAACACGAAAUAAAUGAAAUGAAAAGGACAAAA